CUCUCUUUACAAUGGGUGGCAAUGGUGACGGGCAGCCCUGCAAAUUUCCCUUCAAAUUCCAAGGCCAAUCCUAUGACCAGUGCACAACAGAAGGCAGGACAGAUGGAUACCGAUGGUGUGGAACCACCGAAGACUACGACAGAGACAAGAAAUACGGAUUCUGUCCAGAGACAGCCAUGUCAACAGUUGGUGGAAAUUCAGAGGGAGCUCCUUGUGUAUUCCCCUUCAUCUUCCUUGGGAAUAAAUAUGACUCCUGUACGAGUUCUGGGCGCAAUGAUGGGAAGCUGUGGUGUGCUUCCACCAGCAGCUACGACGACGACCGCAAGUGGGGCUUUUGCCCAGAUCAAGGUAACACAGUUUGUCAGAGAG